AAAUGUUCUCGGCUUGAAAAAACAAGCAGUCACGUCAGAAGUGCAUGGCAAAAAGCAAUCCGUCCGCCAUUCAUUUUCUAAAAUCUGUCCCUUAAACCUCAACAAGUAUAUUAAAGAACGUCAUCAUGGCUGCGCCAAAUUAUUCCCUGAAGACCAACAGAGAGCUGCUGGAUCCCAACUUUGAGAGUUACCGGCUGUCUCUGGACGCCAUACCGACGUACAACGUGGAGCUGGACGCUGCUGUGGAGGAGGUGAAGUUGAAGGAUUCUCAGUACACGCUGGAGCACAUGCGUGCCUUUGGCAUGUACAAUUACCUCCACUUGGACCCCUGGUACGAAGACAGCGUUGUGUUUGUGGACUGCAAAGGCAGAGUUCUCAGCCUAACCGUCACGUUGGACACUGUGCUGGGCAAGCCGAAGGAGGUCUUCUGCAUUGCAACCGAUGCCACCAGACACGAAGAUUGCCUGUGCGCCUCCCUCAGCUUCACGUCAGCCACCUGGGCCGCCCUCUCCGACGGCGCAGGCAGACUCUACCUCCUUCGCACCAGCCAGCGGGGGCAGAGCACCCACUGCAAGUGGGAGCCUCUGUUCAGCGAGGACAUGGGGGAGCCUUUCGUUGUCCUCCACAGCACAGCACACGUCCAGGCAGGCAUCCACACCAUGGAGGUCCUGCUGCUCCGCAUCCUCAAGGACGCCCAGGAAGCCACAGGAAGUGGCUUCUCGGUGUCGCUUGAGUGGAUAACGGUUGCCAACACCGCAGGGCCGGGUCUGGAGAAGAAUUACAAAGUGACGAAGAGGCGCGUCUUGAGGGGGAAGUCAGUGCCCCAUUACGCCGCUGUGACGCCACGCGGCGACGGCCUGAUGGUGGCCUCGGAGAAACCGUUUGUCUUCACGGACGUCGACGGCCGACCCAUCAAGCAACCCUCCAUGGAAGCCAUGGAAGUGGAGGAGACGGCAGACCCCUUCUACUUUUGGCAGCAGACGGUGGAAGACAUCACGGCCAGCGUGCGCAUACCCGAGGGCAUCACCAAAGAAGCCAUCCGUUUCCGUCUGACGGCGGACAACAUUAGCGUCGGCGUGCAGGGGUUCCCUCCCUUGCUGGAGGGCCAACUAUAUGCCUCGGUGGACCCCGAGGCCAGCACCUGGACCUUCAGGGAGGACAAAAGCCUGGAAUUGACCCUGCAGAAGCGCACCGAGGGGCCCGUGUGGCCGGAGCUGGUGAUUGGCGACCGCAAGGGGGAGCAUGUGAUGAGCGACGAGCAGGCCGCCCUCAUCCACGAGAAGCUGACCCACCUGACCUCAGAGGACCUGCACGCCGCCAACUCUGACAGGGACAAGCCGGCCUGCAACUCCCAGGAGCUGGAGGACUGCGACGGCUUCCCAGAAGACACCUCCAGCCUCACGCACUUUGACGGCGAGUCGUUCAAGCCCACUCAGGUGGUGAAUCUGGGCAGCCAUCAGUACCUCUUCACGGUGGAUGUCAAUCCCACCGAGAUGCCAUGUCUUUGCUUGCGGCACGACGUGGACGCUCUACUGUGGCAACCACGGCCCGACCAGCCCGCCGACAUGUGGGAGCACGUCGCCACCUUCAAUGCCCUGGGCUACGUGCAGGCCUCCAAGCGGGACAAGAAGUUCGCCACGUGCGCCCCCAACUUCUCCUACGCCUCAUUGUGCGAGUGCCUGCGGCGUGCCUUCAUCUACCGGCAGCCAUCCCCGGUGGACGGCGUCCUCUUCAACCGGAAGCAGGGGCGACAGGUAGGACAGGUUGCCAAGCAACAGGUGGCCAGCCUGGACUCUGAGAAAAGCAUCCUGGGCUUCAGGGCCUCCAACGAGAGGCUGUACAUCCUGACCGCCGCUCACAUUUUUGUGCUGAAGGUUAAUAAUAAUUAGAUGUGAGGUUGAGCAUCCUCAAAGCCACACCAUUUAAAAGAAAUGACUCUACAGUACAUCAGGAGUGUCCAAAGUGUGGCCCGGGGUAUUUUUUUCUUAGCCCUCAACAUAUUGUAAAAAUAAAUUGAUUAUCAUUGAGAUCAUCAAUAUUGCACUAAUGUGUUGUGUCACCUAUAACUCAAAGCUAUAAUGUUUUGUUCAGAUAGCUUAGCGUACAUGUUGGGGUUUUUUGGACACCCCUGCUCAACACAGCCUGAAAGUCUUCCAUGUAAAAUGUCUGCUUGCAUUAGGUGAAUGAACAAAACGCCACGUUCCAAAGGAGACCAGUGGCAUUAGAUAACUACAUCACGUCUUUAAGUGAAUGAAAUCCACACACUAACUUUAAUCUAAACUGGCGUCUCGUCAAUGCAGGAUUCUCUUUCCGCCAUUAUUCCACGUAUUCAUCAUUUCCUACCCUUCCACUUCUCCAUUUGAUUUGUUAACGUUUCUUCUGGUGGAAUCCCCUGAGCUGGACUCCUUCCACCAUUGCCGCUUUGACAGAAUUUAAGCCUCAUUUCCAUAAAUUUACCUCACGUUGCUUGGUACGUCCACCUCGAUAUGACUCAAAGCUAUUAUCAGCAUGUUACGUACUCACUGAGAUGUCUAUGAACACUCACACACCCCUUGUGAGUGCAGUGCAGUGCGGUUCAGUACAAGCACAGUAAUAAAUUUUGUUAAAUCAACAUCUUGUUCAGUGUUUCCUACACCACUGCAGUCUACAGCUUGAGGAUGUGCACUGAACAAAUGUGGUCAUUAGUACUCAAAUAAGGUCAACUCUUACCUUUAUGCAUUCCCACCAAGUAUCAGCAUUUGGGACCAAAUAUGAGGGGACAGAAAAACUGUAAAAAUACAAUAUAGCAGUCUAUCUGCAGCGUGGGAGAAAUUUAGCACACGCACACAACUAUGGUCCGUUUAAGAUGCCGCUGGCAGAAACACAAUGAAACAUAACAACAUAAACAUGCAAAAACUGGGGGAUUUACAACUGUACAGUGUAUUAUUUUUUGAAUGAAAUAAUGGCCCAUAUUUUCCAAAUGUAUACGCAUUUGAAUAAAAUUUGAUGUAGUUAUUUACAAAUGUUGCUGUUUGUGGUGGUUUGAUUUAUUUGAACAUACAUAUGUUUUACUUUGUUAUACAUCACAUAUAACAAUUCACAAUUCCACAUAUCCAAAAGGAGUGGGAAGAAGCAGAGUUUAUGCAUCCUACCCCCUCUUUGUUUCACAUCAAUUGCAAAUACAUUUGUUCACUUCCUACCCAACAUGUUCUGAAAUACCAUGACAACAUGAUAAAGCAAUAUAACAAUGUAUAAAAUAAAAGUGCAGUGGUCAUAUGACAUAGCAUUGUACAGGUAUUUCCCUAUUGUUCAGGAUUCUUCUUCCUGAUACUUUGUAUCAGCGGCUUGUAUUAUUUCUUGAAAUUGAUCAUUUUAGUGCAUUGUUCUUUAUUUUAGUUCUUUACUCAGUCCUUUCCAUAAUUUUAUUCUACGUACUAAUAUCCUGAAACUUUGUAACGUUGUUCGCUUGUAAAUUUGUAUGUGUUUUAAGUUUUUCAUAUUUGUCCUGUCUUGUUGAGAAGAAUUGUACUACGUUUGGGUAGCAGGUUAUUUUUUGCUUUAUGCACAAUUUUGCUGUUUGAAAGUUUACCAAGUCAGCAAAUUUUAAUAAUUGUGAUUUUAUGAAUAAAGGGUUUGGAUGUUGGCUAUCACCAGCAUUAUGGAU